GACGCCGCCAGGGCCUACGACCGCGCCGCCGUCGAGUUCCGCGGCCCGCGCGCCAAGCUAAACUUCUCCUUCCCCGAGCAGCAUCUCCGCGACGACAGCGGCAAUGCCGCGGCCAAGUCAGACGCGUGCUCUCCGUCGCCUUCGCCCCGCAGCGCGGAGGAGGAGGAAACAGGGGACCUGCUCUGGGACGGCCUGGUGGACUUGAUGAAGCUGGACGAGAGCGACCUCUGCUUACUGCUCCCGGUCGACAACACUUUGGAUAAAUUUCACGCACCGGGACAGAGACGAUCGGGAUCAGGGGUACCCCUCUGCUACUAGUGUUAGACUAUUAGCGAGGACAGUACCAGAUAGACUGGUGUCAGUGCGCUUGUACGCCACUCCUAAUCCUGCUCACUGCUUGGUUAGCACACGUCCUAGCUUCGGUUGUAAUUCUGCAUAAAUAGGCACCCGAUCAAUGGAAAAGUUGUGUUCAACCA